AUGUCUUCUGAAUUCGAGAAAGCAGUUGAAUUUGUGCGCAAGCCGGCGGCGGGGGCGGAGCCUUCGACUGCGCAGAAGCUCCGCUUCUACGGGCUCUACAAACAAGCCACUGUGGGCGACAACGAAACCCCUGAGCCUUCUUUUUAUCAAAUUGAAGCCAAACAAAAGUGGAAGGCCUGGGCAGAGCUCAAGGGAAUGGACAAAGCCACUGCCCAGGCAGAAUAUGUCAAAGCCCUGGACUCUUCCACCCCCAACUGGAGGCAGCAGGCCAACUGA